CGGGCUGGGCUAUUUACCAGGAGGCAUACCGCCGCUCGGCUGUGGUUCUCGUUGUGGAGGCUGUAACAGCCGAUGAUCACCUUGCAGAAUGACCGCUACACUGAAUGGGAUGUUUAACUCGGCCCCAGAUACACCGUCUCCUGUCUACCCGGAUCGGCUGAUCCGUCCUCUACCAAAGCGUACCCUCCGCUCUCGCCUGUCCUCUGAAGCGGCCGAGUCGAUCCUCUUCCCGCCAGCUCCUCCUGCUACUCAGCUGUUCUACGGCACCUCUGUGGACAGCGGAGACCUUGUAAAUGACACCAAAGUAUAUGUGCAACAGAGCGACGGUCGCGACCCGAGCCCUGAGCGGGACCAUCUGCCGUAUGAGAACGGGGUCGAGUUGGAGAGCGGUGAUGAGGACGGGCCCGUAGUUGUUCGUCGGAGUGCGGGUUUCCGUGGGUCGUCCUUGUCACCGUCAACCCCCAGCGCUGCCCCUCAGGCCGUCCCCUGCAACAGUGAAGGGCCGCCAGUGAAGUCCUCUUCGGCCGGUCCCGAUGGGUACGAUGCGUUUGAAAACACUAACAACAAAAAGAAACGCAAAAUCCCCACGCCAGGCAACCUGGGCAGCCACCACUCCACCCUCUCCCCCGAAUUCUCCAGCAUGGGUUUGGCCUCCUCCGCGCAGUCGUCUUCGACCACCGGCGAAGGCAGCCAUGUGAGCACCUUCUACGGCACUGGCAGCCCCGCGUCUCCUAUCUCCAACGGCAUGUCCGGUGCGGGCAGAGGUCGGCUUGGGCGCCAUCCCCACCGCAACAGCACUGGCAGGAACUCCUUGUCGCUUCAUUCCCCGAUCAGUUGGCCGCGGACCCCUACCCGGCGCGAGGGCCUGUUGUCCUCUCCCGGACCAAACGGUGACCCCGCCGCGAAACCAGACCAGGGUAUAAUCUCUGCCGCCAUCGCCAACGCCGCUGCCUCCGCUUUCUCCUCGCCCCCUCCGGGCCCCGGCAUCGUCAGUAUGCUCGAGCGACAGACCCCUACACCGACCAAGACACAAUUCACUUUCACGUGUGAAUCGGACUCCUCGAAGGGCAUGGCUCUGCAGGCACAAAACCCGUACCCCGCACAUCAUCGGUCGCCCAGCGCGCUUACGGCGGCUGUCCAGAGUCAACGGGGUUACUCACAGGGUACUCAGACCAGCCCCAACAUUGCCUCGCAAGUCAACCAGGCAGGACCGUCUCAAAAUCCAUCACAACCGGCACAGCAGCAAUCGCCAAAUGCGGGACCCGAGCCGACUACCACGGGGAGGAAGAAGAAGCGGUCUCCGGGUAGCAUUUACGCCCUGGCCGCGCGGCAACGCAAGAUCCAGCAGCAGUACGCCAAUCUGCACCACCCGCCCAGCAUCGAGGACAUCUGGAUCUGUGAGUUCUGCGAAUACGAGAGCAUCUUUGGCCGGCCGCCCGAAGCGCUCAUUCGCCAGUACGAGAUCAAGGACCGCAAGGAGCGGAAGCGAUUGGCGGAGAAGAAGCGAUUGCUGGAGAAGGCCAAGAUGAAGGGCAGGAAGGGCAAGAAAGCGACCAAGAACGCCAGCAAGCAGGCGGCGGCUCAGCAGGCGGCCUAUGACCAGGGAUAUAACCGGGCAUCGGCGGACCACUCUUCGGUGGGAGGAGGGCCAGGGGUGCAUGAUGACGAGUAUUUAGGCAACGAGUAUGAGGACGAGGGGAUCCCAACCCCACCUCCUGGACCGCCGAGUUCCGUCAAGGCCGCACCGCCGCCGGGCCAUCCGCCCAAACCGGGGGCUGCAGCGUCGGGCGCUAAGAGUGCCGCCGACGGAGGGACGAGGCCGCCCUGA